GUGCCGAAGAACAUAAUAAAAAUGAAAUUGUUGAGCUUGUGUUAAGUUCUUUAAUUAGCUGUGAUAGUAGUAAUGAAACUUUACUAGAAAAAGAAUUGCAAAAAGUCGAUGAUGAACCUGAUAAAAAUAAAAUCAAAGAAAUCUUUAAUAAUGUGUUCAAAAGUCUCGAUAAUGAUAUAUUCAAACAACAAGAAGGCUAUGAAUUUGAAGAUUCUGUAGGUACAACUGCUACAAUUGCUUUAAUAUUUAAUAAAACUACAUAUGUGGUACACCGAGGGGACUCUCCUACUUAUGCCGGUUACAAAAAUGAACAAAUAAGAAGAAUUACUGCAAACCAUAAUUUAGAUGAUGAUGGUGAACUUGAAAUGUUAACAAAAGAAGUGAAGAAACCUCACUUUUACUAUCUAAAAGAUAGAUUUGAUCGCUGUUAUGGUAGCCCAAGAUAUUGGCUUGACGAUGGAGACCUUGGUGGAUUGAAAAUUACCACUUUUUUUGGAAAUACAUAUAAUUUUACCAGCAAGAAAUUUCCCGAUGAUCUUCCUCAAGAAAGAGAAAUGGCUAGAAGAUAUUCUACUCAAUCGGGUCUUAUUGAAAUAAACAAUCAAGACAUUGAUUUUAUUCUUGUGACUAGUGAUGGGUUCGAGGAUGUGGAAAUUUUUCUUAGAGAUUCUGUUAAGAAAUUUAAGGAAGAUAAUGAAGAAGAAACAAAAGCUGCAUCUUUUUUAAUGGGAAAAAAUGGAUUUUAUGAUGAAGAAACCGAUGAUGCAACUUUCGUAUCUAUCUUUUUCAAACAGAGCAAGGAUGAAACUGUCAAAAAUUUAUACAAGAGAAUUAAUAACAAGAAAUUUAAAUAUUGGGGUUCACUUGAUAAAGAGGAAAAAUUUGCUUACAGGAAAAGCAUCUUUUCCAAUAUGACUAAGAAAAAAACUCAGGCAUGUGAGUGA